GGAAAAAACAACGAAAUCGUCAAUACCACGACAACGAACUGUCAUACGUUUACGGCGAAGUCUUUAUUUUUUAGGAAGCAGUCAAUUGGUUCGUUGUGAUUUCCAUUGGCCAGUUGUAAAUACGUGUUUUUAUAUAGAACUGCCAAUAGCUAAAUAACAAAAUGCCUGCACCAGCCAGUUCAACAUCCGUGGGCAGCGGUUCACGUUCGCCAACUAAGAUGACAGCACCACGCAGUGGUGGUGCUGGUGGUAGCAACCUGAAGCAGCGAAAGACCACAAGUAGCACCACAGCGGCCAGAAGUCGCACCACUGGUGCUGGCACUGGUGGUAUGUGGCGCUUCUACACCGAUGACUCGCCCGGCAUUAAAGUUGGACCCGUGCCCGUGUUGGUGAUGUCUCUGCUUUUUAUUGCCUCCGUAUUCAUGCUGCAUAUUUGGGGUAAAUACAACCGUUCUUAAGGAAUCAGAAGAAGCUAUGUAGCAAAAGUAGGGUGUGUAUAAAGACAACAAGAACAAACGGCGAGCGUACACCUGUAGCAACAUUUUUGGAUCUUAUGGAAAUGUCAACGUCAUCAGUGUAACAGCAAGAGAUUAAUGGCGGCCAUACAACAAGUGCUUCCCAAGUGGCCGGUUGCUGCUUUGUACACACCUUUAUAUGUUUGCAACUAAUUUCCAAUGUACACUUUUGCUCUUAAGUUUAGUAAAUAAGUUAAUUUUCUACGUUUAAAUUCAAUUUCCAUAAAAUUGCUGAUUGUCAUUUAUUAUUUUUUGCUGCGUCUUGUAAAAGUAUGCAGACAAAACAAAAACUCAUUCCACAAUUAGAUUGGAGAAACAAUUUUUUCGAUUUACUUCCAUUUGCAAUUCGUAAA